CCGGGGCGGAUGGCACGGGCCGCCGGGUUUCGCAGCGCGGUCCUGCGCGCCCUCCUGCUCCCGCUGCUGCUGUUGCUGCUCCCGCCGCCGCCGCUGCUGGCCCGGGCCCCGCGGCCCCUGGAUGCACACCGCCGCCACCCUCUGAGGAAGGGGUCACAGCCCUGGCAUGAAGCAGCUCCCGGCAGCCUGGCACCUGCCCCUACUGCCCAGGAGAGUCCCACGCCUGCCAGCAGCCCCAGACCCCCCCGCUGCGGUGUGCCUGACCCGCCUGAUGGGUUGAGCGCCCGCAACCGACAAAAGCGGUUUGUGCUGUCAGGCGGGCGCUGGGAAAAAACGGACCUCACCUACAGGAUCCUCCGGUUCCCAUGGCAGCUGGUGCGGGAGCAGGUGCGGCAGACGGUAGCAGAGGCCCUGCAGGUGUGGAGCGAGGUGACACCACUCACCUUCACCGAGGUGCAUGAGGGCCACGCUGACAUCACGAUCGACUUCACCAGGUACUGGCAUGGGGACAACCUGCCAUUUGAUGGGCCCGGGGGAAUCCUGGCUCAUGCCUUUUUCCCCAAGACCCACCGAGAAGGAGAUGUCCACUUCGACUAUGACGAGACCUGGACUAUCGGGAACAACCAGGGCACAGACCUUCUGCAGGUGGCGGCCCAUGAAUUUGGCCAUGUGCUGGGGCUGCAGCACACGACGGCUGCUAAGGCACUUAUGUCCCCUUUCUACACCUUCCGCUACCCGCUGAGCCUCAGUCCAGAUGACCGCAGGGGCAUCCAGCACCUCUACGGGCGACCUCGGCCAGCCCCCACCUCCAGGCCCCCAGCCGUGGGCCCCCAGGCCGGGGUGGACACUAACGAGAUUGCCCCGCUGGAGCCGGAAGCCCCUCCGGAUGCCUGCGAGGCCACCUUUGAUGCGGUCUCUACCAUCCGUGGUGAGCUCUUCUUCUUCAAGGCGGGCUUUGUGUGGCGGUUGCGUGGGGGCCGGCUGCAGCCUGGCUACCCUGCGCUGGCUUCUCGCCACUGGCAGGGACUGCCCAGCCCCGUGGAUGCAGCCUUUGAAGAUGCCCAGGGCCACAUCUGGUUCUUCCAAGGUGCUCAAUACUGGGUGUACAACGGUGAGAAGCCAGUCCUGGGCCCUGCACCCCUCUCUGAGCUGGGCCUGCUGGGGUCCCCCAUCCAGGCCGCCUUGGCCUGGGGCCCUGAGAAGAACAAGAUCUACUUCUUUGGAGGCGGAGACUACUGGCGCUUCCACCUCAGCACCCACCGGGUAGACAGCCCUGUGCCCCGCCGGGCCACUGACUGGCGAGGGGUGCCCCCAGAGAUCGACGCCGCCUUCCGGGAUGCUGAUGGCUAUGCCUACUUUCUGCGCGGUCGCCUCUAUUGGAAGUUCGACCCUGUGAAGGUGAAGGCCUUGGAGGGCUUCCCCCGCCUUGUGGGCCCUGACUUCUUCGGCUGUACCGAGCCUGCCAACACUUUCCGCUAACCUCGACUUUGAUGCUCUCAGGGCUCCUGACCCCUGCCAGACCACUGGUCUGGGGUAGAGACCAGUGGCCAUCUUUGUGGCUGUGGGUACAGGCACAGGAUGGAACCCAUGUUUCCUCAGGGGGGUUGGGGUGCAGGGAGGGCCAUGCAGGUCAUGGUCACCUGCCAGCAACUGUCUCAGACUGGGCAAGGAGACUCUGGUGUUACUUGAGGGUCACAGUGGUCUUGGGCCAGCCCCACCCAACCUGUGCAGGUCACAUUCAAACACUGCUGCCCUCAGUCUCCAUCCCUGUCCCUCAGGUUAGCACCUCAGCAGAGCUGGGGAGCUGAAGCCCUCAUUCUGUCCCUGCUGUGAGGUCCCUGUGGGGUGCUUUCAUGUGGUGGGGGAGACUUCUGCCUUUUCCUGAGAGGUCAGCUCUGGGUAGGUGUUUGGAACUGGCUGCCUUCUAGCUGAUGAUCCUAGUGAUGUGUUCCCCAGGAUCCAGGCCAAAAGGUCCAGAGUCAGCUUGAGGCGGGGGGUGGG